GCGAGGUUGAAGGUGAUUGGCUGGGCGCGUCCCACACUCAAAACAGAGGCGCCAGUCAGCUGAUUCUCUUCCCCGCCACCGAUCUUUUCAUAUUGUCCACCUUUUCUACUUGGUUCAAACCCACAGGUGUUGGCGGGCCGAGUCAGGCGAUGGCAGGGAAGGAGUUUGAGUUCAAUGCUCCGACUUUUGUUGAUUUUACUAAGGACGACUAUGAUGAAGUGGACGAGUCGUAUUUUGAUGUACCACAGAAUACUCCAAGACGUAAGACACAAGGACAGCGAGAUUUGAAGCCUGCAGAAGAUAAAGAACAGCCACCCACAGAACAGGGAAAACAAGAACAAAUGCCCUCAGAAAAAGAACAAGAACAGGUAGAAGAACAAAAACCACCCACAGGACAAGGAGAAGAACCACAACCACUCACAGAAGCAAAAGAACAAGAAAACGUGCCCACGGAACAGACAGAACAAGAAAAAAUAGCCACAGAACAGGGAGAAAGGCCCACAAAACAGGCAGAACAAGAAAAAAUGGCCACAGAACAUGAAAAAAUGGCCAUAGAACAGACAAAAGAUGAAGCAAUACCCACAGAACAGGCAGAACAUGAAAAAAUGGCCACAGAAGAGACAAAACAGGAAGAAAUGGCCACAGAACAGGCAGAAGAGCAAGAACAAAUGGCAACAGAAGAAACAGAGGAACAAACUGAAGAAGUAGAAGCAGAACAAAUGGCUAUAGAACAGGAAGAACAAGGAGAACCAGAGCAGAUGGCCACAGAGGAAGAGGAGAAGGAAGAAGAACCACCUGCAGGAGCGCCCAAGUCUGUUUCCAAGGACAAGAGGAGGAAGAGCUUGAAGUUAGAAGGUGCAGGAGUGAGGCAGUCCCCACGUCUCCUGGCUAUCUCCAAGGCCCUGCGCAGGAGUAACGCUCGCAGACAGUCCUCAGGAGACCGCCAGGCCACCACCAGCACCCAGGCCAGCCAGGUCAAGAAGGCACAGCCACAGAAAAGGGUGGUUCCAAAGGUGUCUGGUGUCUCCAUAACUGAGGAAGACAAGGAGGAGCUUGAGUUGGUGGCCACAUUUAGACAGAAAAUCACCACCAACAAGAAGAGGAAGGAUGGCACUGCUCCCAACCAACCAUUCAAGCCCACAAAACCACAGGAAUUCAAUUUUGCAACCGACAGGAGACUGAGGAAACAAGAAGUGGAGGAUUCAGUGCCGCCUCCAUCUCGCCCUGCUGCUCGCUCCACCCACUCAGGCCCCACCAAGCCUCAAGAGUUUACUUUUGCCACUGACAAGCGGAUUAAGAGCAAGGAGAGUGUGAAGGAGGAGACUGAGGCACCUAUGGAGUUUGCCAGGUCCCUGCGCUCCAGUACCUUGUCCCUGAACAAGGACCCGCCAGGAAGAAGAACCCCCACCAUCCCCAAGCCCUUCCACCUCUCAGAGUCUCGCAAGGAGCAGGGGGAGGCAGCCAAGAGGUUUGCAUCAAUGACAGACCUCAGCUGCAAGAACUACAUCAGAACACCAGAAGUAUUCAGGAAAAGCAAGAGAAACAUCUCCACUGACGACCUUGAGGACAGGAAGAAGCCACGAGGACCCACCAUGGCCGUCACUCCCAACCUGGCCACCAGCAGACGCCGCCGCUCCCUCAGCCUUAUGACACAGGAGGAGAGGGAGCAGCAGGAGUUUGAGGAGGCACAGAAACAUGCAUUCAAGGCAAGACCAGUGAACAGGAAGGCCCUGCAGACACCCCCGAAUGGCUACCGUGUCCCUGCCAAGUCACAGAGCCGCCAAUCAGAAAGUCUGCUGGAGAUGAAGAUAGACAGCCCCCCCAGAAUGCUGGUCUCCAUGCUGCCCUACGCUGGUUUGCCUCUGCAGGGGAAGAAGAUGAACACAAAGGUUAAGCCGUUUAGUUUUGACCAGCGAGAUCAGGAGCGAAUGAAGAAGAAAGAGGAGAAAAUUAAGAAGGUACUGGAGGAGGAGAAGAGUCUGUCAGACUUCCAAGCCCGCCCCAUGCCACUGUUUGAGGGUAACGGGGUGCUGGCUAGGAAGCCAUCCACCCCAACACAGGUGAAGCCCUUUGCCCUGAAUGUGGAGCGCCGAGGGUCCAUCAAGCAGGAGAAAUUCAAGCAGCAGCUGGAGAUCGAGGCCAAGAAGGAUGCAGAACAGCGAAGAUUCCAAGCUCAAGACGAUCAUGUGGUGCGCAAGAAUCCCUUUGUGCCUCAAAAAUCCAACAGACCCCUCACUGAGAUCUCCAAUGUGACCCUGAGCACUGAAGUGAGAGCCGUGGAGCGCAGCAAGUUUGAACAGCAGCAGAAGGAACUGGAGGAGGAGAUGCUGGCUACGAAAAAGAUGGUGGAGGAUGAUCGGGCAGCAGAAGAGGAAGCAGAGUUGGCCAGACUGAGGCAGGCUACGGUGCACAAGGCCCAGCCCAUGCCGAAGACCAAGCCCAUGGUACUCCAGCCCACCUCACAGAUACCCACAGUGCCACAGUCUCCAGAUUUUGCCACAAACUCCCGCCUCAGAUCCAGAACAAGGGCUGACUCAACCUUCAAUCUUUAAUUCUUUCAUUCUCUUCUCUUUUUAUGGUUGGAUUCUUCCUGUUAUCUUUCUGGUGUAGUUUUCAUUUCUUUUUGUGAUUUGUUUCCUAAAAUUUUAGUUUCUUGGAUUUUGCUUUAUUUCUCAUUUCUAUUUAUUUUGUUUUUAAAUGUUAUUCAGCUCUCUGAUGUGUUUAGUUUGAUUCUUAUUAGCUACCUAUAUAUAUUCUAUACAUCUUGAACCUUCUUUGAUUUUACUUUAUUCUUUUCAUUUUAUCUUUUUUUUUUUUUUUUUUUUUUUUUUUUCUCUCCCUCCAUUCCCUUUGACUUAGAGAAUCCUCACUCUUCUCAAAUCUGUUUUAUUCUUUUCAUUUUCUUGUAUGUUACCUUUAGUUUUAUCCAUGAUCUCUUUAUCGCCAUGUUAGGUUUUAGAAAUUUAAAAAUGCAGCAUCUUUCAUUUCACAAGUUUUAGAAAUAAGAUACUCACUUAAAUAUACUAAAGGUCAUCUUAAGAUAUUUCUGGGAGCCACUUCUAUUUACUUACCUUGUUGCACACACUUAUUUGUAGAUUUUGUUACCUGUGUAUUCAGAGAUAGAUUUGAGUGACAUGGUUAUAUAAGUCACCAAUCACUGCCAGUAGUAAUAAGAGGCUGAGAUAAGCAAUGUCUGAUGAAGGAUGUCAGUACAGGCAGUAAUUAACAAGCAGAGUAUUUUCCUCGUAUUUUUGCACUUAUUCAGAGUGUUUGAGGAUGAAUUGUUAUAUAAAAUCUUAAUAAAGUGUCAAUUCUUGGUUAA